UAUGUCAGGGCACGCAGCCGAUCCCCCUAUCCGCUUCGCUUUCUUCGCCGCCGCCGAUCACUCGCAUUUGUCGUCUCGAUCCCGAGCUCUUCCUUGGCUUCGCCAUCUUCGCGUCCUUGCCGUAUCUCGAUGCUAUCGGCAAUAGAAUCUCUCUUCCUUUCUCCGCGAGCCACCACCUGAGACCGCCUCCUCCCUUCUCCGACAGGUUGAGUUGGUAAAUCACUGAGCUCAUUGUUUUGAGGAGGCUGGCAGCACCACAUUCCUUUUUCACUGCCAAGAGAAGAAGAGGCAAAAAGGUUGUGGUAGGAGGUGGUAAUUCAGAACUGUUGUCUUUGUUCCGUGGUACUUAAGUGGCACAUGGCUCCAAGAAGGAAGAAGGUGGGGAUGAAGAGGAUAGAUGCUGCCAUUGAUGCAUUGCUCCCUUGCGGUUUCACGAAGGAAACCAUUGUUGCUACUGUCAACAAACUUCUGAAAGUUUAUGAUGAUGAUGCUGCAUGGCAUGUUAUUGAAGAAGAUACUUAUAAGCUUGUCCUUGAAACCAUAUUGGAUGAUCAAGAACAAGAUGCUAGGAAGGCGGAAAAAGCAAAAGAAGGCACCAGAACUUUAGACACUUCUAGCAAACAAAUUGUGAAGACUGAGCAAUCUGUAGAUUGGAAAGACAUCUCAUGCACAGACAUGAACCAUAAUUUGGUGACCUACCACGUCGGUCUAGGUCAGUCAACUACUGCGGCAGUUCAGCUAAGUCAACCAAAUCAAAUUGCAGAACCACAACAGAAAAGGCGCCCCUGUUAUGGGUGGAUAAGUGAAAGUGAGGAUGAAGAUGAACAACGUGAGGAGCAAGAUAUUAAAGUUCAACCCUUCCGGCGUGUUAGGAAGAGGCCCAGUGGAUGGGACUUGAAACCAUCUGAUAUGUGACGCACAAUUGCAAAGGUUACUUGUAGUACGAGGGUGGUGGAACCACUCGGGGCAAAUGAUUAGUUUGACGAGUGUCAACUUGCUCAGUUAUAUCGCACUUUUGCUCAACACUUUUGCAAAAUGUUGCAUCUUGAGUCUUGUCUCUAAUCCAGAGUGGUGCGGCAAGCUUUCUUCGGAGGUUAGUACUAGUUUUGUUGGUGGUUGUAUAGUUAACUUUCCUGCUCUUCAUGGCGCUUUGCUCCAGCAAGUAUUCUACACAAUGAAGGCUGGCAUUGUUGAGAGUUGCGGUGUCUAACUCCUUAGCUUACUUGAGGUUGCACACGGUAGAAUUUACUCAAUCAUUUAUCGAUGAGUGAUCAUUGUACGGGAUGUUUACACGGGUUGAUGAUAUAUGAUCAUUUUGUUUAUAGUUAUUUUAGGUUUAAACAUUUCUGUUGGUUCUUGUGUCUAUUGUAAAUUUUCAUAUUCGAAGAA